CGUGCAGGGGUAAUUUGCGUUGCUAUGUGCAGCGUUGGACCGAGGUCUGGAGGAUACUGAGCGGAGCUCCACAUUUCAGUGUCCUGGCGUCCUCCUCCCGCACAGGGGCAGGACUCUGCUUUAGAAAGACUGCCUUCUCCAGAAUAUGCCUUGUCUCCAUGGUAACAGGCCACAGACAGACCCAGAAAAACAUUGGGCCACACUGGUCCCACUCUCAUCCAACCUACCUGAUCCUGGAUUGUACUGAAGAGGAUUUCAACCAAAAAAAAAAAAAAAAUACAAUUAAUGAUUCCUAAUCUAGUAGACAUAUCCUAUUUUUCUCCUUAUAUUCAAACUAUUUUGCCAUUUAGAGCGCAUUUUCAGGACCCAGAAUGCCUAAAAUCGUGCCUGAAAAUGUGUAUCUGUUUUAACUGGGUGUUGUUUUAGAAAGUAUUACUUUCUGCCGUUUAGGAUCACGAUGCAAAGGACUCUAUUUAAAUGAUUUCAUAAAAUCAAGAGAUGAAAAGCUUCUUGCUGUAAUUCAAGAUUUUCCUGGAUUAUGUCAGGGAUCUACUUAUUCUCAAUUAAGGAAUCUUAAACUGGGCAGCAGCAGUCCAAAACGGGUCUGUCCUAAACCAGGUCCAGGAUGCACCAGCUGUUCAGCCAGGUGCUAGGCCAGAGGGAUCUGUCCAGAGCGGGGGAUCUGUUCUCUCUGGAGGACGCAGAGAUCGAAGACUGCUUGUCACAAGCUCUGGACCAGAUCAAGGCCAUCUCCUGCUCACCGGACUAUUUGACCAAUGACAACGACCAGGCGGUGGUAGAGAUUUGCAUAACGCGCAUCACCACGGCCAUAAGGGAGACAAGCUCCAUCGAGCGACACAGCAUGGCGCUGGUGGGGCUGUGGGAGUCGUGUCUGGAACAUAACCUCACCCCACAAGGUGAAAACACAGAGGACACACCGCAUGCCAAGAUAGCCUCCGACAUCACCAGCUGUAUCCUGCAGAACUACAGUUGCCCUUCGGUCAUGGUGCUGGCCGUCCCGGUAGCAGUGCGGUUCCUGCAGAGAGGAAACAGGGAGCUGAGCAGGAACAUGUCAAGUUAUCUCUCCCUGGCUGCUAUAGCCAAGGCUGAUCUGUUGGCUGAACACACAGAGGCCAUAACCCUCAGCGUGCUGGGAGGUAACUACAUGCUGUUGCGAGUGUUGCCAUCAGUUUACCCCAGACAACCAGAUACCAUCCACCGUCACCUAGGCAACCUCACUGCAAUGAUGUCACAGCUGGAGUCCCCGGAGCAACAGCACCUGAUCAGACUCAUUCAAAUGGUUGCAGAGCAACAUCCACUUAUGUUAAGCCCUCAGGUGCCUGCGUUGGUUGGUUACCUAGGUAACCAGUCUCUAACUGAGGCCCUACUGGGCGUGCUCGUAGACGUCUCACAGGCCAGCCCUUCCUCACUGGUCAGCUUCCUGCCAGCACUGAGGAUUGUGGGGCAGCAAUUCCCUGCUCUCCAAGGCAAUGUGGCCAAAAUCCACGGUGCUGUCGGCAUCAUCAGCGAGACUCAUGCUCACAGCUCGUUGGUCUACCUGGUGUCCAUUCUCGGCAGCAUGGAGCACAGCUUUCACCACACUCUGCUGCUGGAGAUCAGAGCUCUGACUGACCGUUAUCCAUCUUUACUGGGAGGCUGCGGCAAAGACAUCUACAGGAUGAGCAACUCUUUUACGGCUAUAGCCAGACUGUUGGGGAGACGGCUGGAGGAGAGCAUGGCCACACACUGCAGGGUGGACGAGGCGUGCCCGCCAUCUCCCUGUGCAUCAGGGGGAGGAGGAGGAGGAGGAGGUGGUGGAGGCGGAGGGGGGUCGGAGCAGCUGAAGGUGAAGAUCCAGGCCUUCGAGGAGAAAAUGGGGGAAGAGGCGGGAGAGGAUGGGGUGGAGGAGGACUCUCCCGCCUCAUUGAGACGCUACAGCCUGAGCCAAGCCGUCAGGGAGGAGAGACGAGAGACGAGAUUCAACAGGUCAAAGAGCCUGGCUCUCCAUGCUGUGCACUCACGCUCCAUCAACUCAGACACCGGGGAGGACGGUGAUGUCCUGGAGCUAAGUCCAGACAACGUUUCCUCCAACACUUUGCCUAAUCAGCACUCAGAAAACCAGGAAGCACCACCUACCGACGGGAAACCGACCGGUGACGGCUCCCUGCCCAUCACCACUGCCCUGGACAGAGGGGUCAAAGAGGCAGAGAAAUGGGAAAGCAGAGAGAAGGAUGCAGAGGAGGAGGAGCAGGGGGAAGCUGACAGACUCUUCAUCCAUUUAAGAGACAAUAUGGAGACGAUCAGAGAGUACUGUAAAGACAUGGUUCAGCAGAUCCCCGUACCAGAGCAGUGUGUGAUAGAAGAUUCAAAUCGAGGCUGUGUGGCCAAGCUGUCUUUCUCUUGUCCUCUGAAGGGCCACUACUGCCUAUACGCCAAGUCCUGUUUCAACCUGACCAGCCGACAGCCUCAUCUUUGGAUACACAUCAUGCUGCUGCAUCUACAGAGUAAGUCCAGUGUACCUCUGUGCGCCAGGGACAAGUGUGUCCAGACACUGGCUUCUCUUUGGGAGAAGACGCAACUAAAAGGAGCUCACAGUUUUCCCAUGGCUAUGACACAGCACACCACUCCACACAGGAAGGACCUGGACAGUCUCCAGAUCCAGCUGGAGGAGGUGCGUUUCUUUGACCUGUUUGGAUACAGUGAGGAAGAAAGAGGUUGGCUCUGCUUCAUGUGUAACAACCCUGAGAAGGCCACAGUUGUGAACCAGGAGGGACAGCCUCUGAUCGAGGGGAAGCUGAAGGAGAAGCAGGUCCGCUGGAAGUUCAUCAAGCGCUGGAAAACCCGCUACUUCACCUUGGCAGGAAACCAGCUGCUCUUCCGGAGAGGCAAAUCAAAGGAUGAGCUGGACGACAUCCCUAUUGAGCUGAGCAAGGUGCAGAGUGUCAAGGUAGUAGCCAAGAAGCGUCGGGAUCGGGGGCUGCCGCGGGCCUUUGAGAUCUUCACCGACAAUAAAACGUAUGUGCUGAAAGCUCAGGAUGAGAAACACGCAGAGGAGUGGCUGCAGUGCAUCAACGUGGCCGUGGCUCAGGCCAGAGAGAGGGAGAACAGAGAGGCUACCACCUACCUGUGAGACCAACGCCAACACAGUUUGAGACACAAAGUUGCGCAGACACAGCCAAACGUACGCCGAGUAAUGAUUUUUUUUCUAGCUGUCGGACAUUUUUUGAGCAUUCACAAUCGACCACCGGAGUUGUCAAAGAAGAAAAUAUGAGAGGUUUGGAAGAUACUGUGCUAACCCUGAGGAGGGAAACACACACAGCAACACGCAACCUACACGCUGCCAGAAGCACUUCAGUAGCACUGUAAUUUCAUAUCUGUAAUUGGUGGUAUACAUCUUCAAUCCCAAUGAGGAUGGUGCACUUUUCAAAACAAUCAUAAUGACUUGUUUUGCAGUCAUUUUUUUAGAAAUAAGACUUAGUCAACCAGCAAUAAAAGUUUCAUAAUAUGCCGGAUGAUUACAUGUUUAAAAUACUGACUCCCUAUGCUUAGUGUUACACCAUGGACCUGCUUUUGAAGAGAUACAUCUACAUCUGUUUACCAUCAUUAGUGAUUAUAAAUGAAUGUUACAUUACAUAAGUGUUAAAGACUGACGUGUUAAGACGAUCCUCACCUGACUGGAUCAUUCAGUAUGGAAAUUUCUACUUCUGCUGCUUGAACCUGGAGACUGCUGUCCGCUUCAACAACCAAAUAAAACAAGCAUCGACAGAAACUUUGAAUUUCUAAGUUUAAUGAUGGUGCAUGAUGAUUGAGAUGUAUUUGAGUCCAGACUAGUAUUUAGCAAUAAAGACUUAACAGACCUCAUAAAGACCCUGUAGCAAUAAUGAGACUGAACAGUUGCUCUUUGAGAGCAGGAAGGAUGAAGGGGAGCCUAAUGGACAG